AUGAGUUUGAGCAAACCAGUUGGGGCAGACGACCAGGUGCUCCUCAGCUUUAGGGGACCGGAUACUCGACAAGGGUUCACCGACUGUCUCUAUCAUUUCUUGGUGGAUGCAGGAAUUCGCGUCUUCCGAGAUAAUGAAGAGAUCCGUCCUGGUGAGAAGAUCCAGGAGAUCCUAAGAGCCAUGAACAACUCGAUAAUCUGCUUACCUAUUUUCUCCAGAGACUAUGCUUCCAGCAAGUGGUGCCUCCGUGAGUUGGCAGAAAUGGCGGAGCGGAAGAAAAAGAUCAUGCCCAUUUUCUACGGUGUUACUCCCGAUGAUGUAAAAGUCAGAACAUGUCUAUAUCAUGAUGCGCUAACUAGACACGAGAAAGAAAAGGAUAAAGAGCAAUGGGAGAAUGCACUUAAGGAGGCAGUUCAGAGUACCAACCUGAAAUCAUCAAAAGAUCCUACGGAAGUGGUUAAAAUUAAGGGAUAG